AUGGCUUCUACGCACUCCACCCUUGAUGCAGCCGCGGUUGAUCGCAAGACGCGCCUCGCAAAGCUUGCCGCGCUGAAAAGAAAACAGCCAGAACCAGAUGGAAAAGAACCUCACCUCGACGAGCCCGACGGUAAAUCUGCCGAUGUUUCCUCAAAGUAUCUUUCCGGAAGGAACUACGACCCAGAGACACGAGGACCCAAACUUGGCUUUGAAAAUACACCUAUUGAAGGGCAAACUACACUAGAGGAGAAAGCAGCCAAGAUUUCGUUAUCUACCGCGGAAACAGCACAGAAGGAUGAGGAAGCAGACAAGCCGAUCGACCUGUUCAAAUUGCAGCCUAAAAAGCCAAACUGGGACUUGAAAAGAGAUCUCGAUGCAAAAUUGAAGAUUCUCAACGUGAGAACUGAAAACGCGAUAGCACGGUUGGUGAGGGAGCGGAUACAGAAUGCGCAAAAGGCCGCGAAAGAGAAGACCAAGGGUGCCGACGUGGACGGAGAGGAAAUCGGAAUAGAAGGCGAAGCUCUAGUGGAAGGCAUGCAUAUCCGAGAACGGGAGGAAGAGGAAGAGGAACGAAGGGAAAGGGAGGAUGAGAACUGGAGCUAA